AUGGGCGGUAGCAAGGACUCGUCGCCCAUGCUCGGCGCGGGAGACACGACGAGCCUGUAUCAGAUAGCAUCAAAUGCUCCUCCGUCUGACGCCCUUCAAUGUCCUGCAGUGGACCUGAGCUUUCCUGAGGAGGAGACCAGCUUGGAGGCCAGCUUGGACUUUAUGGGUUUGAUCGGGUUCGCGACAAACACGUCGUCUAUCAGCAGUGAUGCGGGCGUGAGUUGCGACCCCAGACGGAACGAGGUCGAUUCCGGCCAGGCUGGCGAGCGAUCCUCGUGCCUGAUCAAAGAUCGCACAGAGGCGCAUCUGCUGCGCCAUUUCUGUCAGACACUGGCUCCAUGGUUCGAUGUCACGGAUUCCAACAGACAUUUCCAGCUCGAAGUGCCCAAAAGAGCUUCGAACUGCGAGGUGCUCAUGAACGCCAUCUUUGCCUUGUCUGCCCUCCAUCUCAGCCGGGUGUCUUCACUAAGACCCUCGAUAGCCGAGGAAUACCAUUCGCGGUGCAACAUCCAAUUGAUCCCACUCCUCAAUGACGAACGCUGCGUGUCCAACGAUAAUGUGUUGGCAACGGUAGUUAUCCUUCGAAAGUACGAGGAGCUGAACGUCGUAAUCACGGGGCAGGACCAUGGCCACCAUCUAAUGGGGGUUUCGGCCCUUUUCAGUUCUCCCGAUUGCCCGCUGGGUGAGGGAUUGUCGCAAGCCGCAUUCUGGCAAUUUGUUCGGCAGGAUAUUUACAUGUCUUUGCCAAAGAGGCAGCCCCCUCGCACCCCCAUUUCGAUUCAACCGCCCUUGACCAGCGACACGACAAGACCGGAUUGCCACUGGGCCAAUCGUAUGGUAUGGGUCACAGUUGCCAUCAUGACUCUUUGUUUUGGAGACGAACCCCCCGACUCCGUCACCUACGACGACCAUGUUCAAAAGGUGAAGGAGUGGUAUGAAAACAAGCCGACCUCGUUCACCCCCAUGUUCUAUCGUGAACGGUCAAUAGAGGAUGGCCGUUAUUUCCCGGAGAUUUGGCUGUCUGACCCGUGGCAUGCCACCGGAUGGCAGUACUAUCACCUAGCCAAAAUACUGCUCGCGCUUUAUAAUCCGAGCUUACAGCGCCCAGGCGCAGGCUUGAAAUACCAGCGAGCCCAUCUUGAGAUGGAGCGCGACGUUCUCGAACACGCAAGACUCGCUUGUGGAAUCGCAUCAUCAAACGACUUUGUCACCACGCGAUUCACCCUGUGUGCCAUUUUGCUUACCUGCGGUGGGUGGUUCAGAAAUCCACCCGAGCAAGAGGCCAUCAUUGAUUUACUUUCUGCCACGGGCAAAGAAAGCGGCUGGCCCACGGAAUCUGUCAUUGAAGCACUCAAAGAGAGUUGGGCCAUGGAAUAA